AUGGUAAUACAGCGUGUUUGGCGUAGUUCGGCUGCUUCUUCGUCGCUCAAUGUACCAUCAGCGUCAGCUGCUGCGACGGUGGUCACUUCCGCCAUUUCCUCGGCGGGAUCGUCCGUGGCAGCAACAGUUGCAACAAGUGCCUCAGAAACUUCGUCAACAAACAGCAGCAGUGUGUUGGUGAACGCUACCGAACCGGAAGCCAACGCUGGGUUGCAGUCGGGCAUGAGACAGAAGCUGAAAAAUACUCUUUCCGGCGAGGCCACGCUGGAAGCGUUGAAGCAACGUUACGGUACGGGUCGUUCGUUUGUAAGCCAAACAGCGAACGAUGCGGCCAUCAAGUCGCUGGAGCUGCUGCGUGCCAACAUCCAGUGCUACUUCGACAAGGAGGUGGAUGCGAUUGUGAAGAAGUUCCAUCAAACGUACUUCGUGCCAGCGAUUCGAAACAUUAAGGAAAAUCUUGGCGAUGGCGCUAUUUCCGACGAGGCACUGAAGAGUGUGUUCUGUUCGCUGCUAGAAAACACCAAAGCACAGUACGCAAGCCAACUAUCGUCACCGGCAGGCAACUCACUGUCCCGUGCCAACACUCCCGGCAUGGAGCUGAGUGAUUCCGAUUCCAGCACUGAUAAUGCACCGGCCACGGGAACAGCUACUAGUCUGCUGCACCAAGCGUUGAAACGGAAGCUUCCCGAACCGAACCAGCCGGAUUUGUUUAAGCGGCAGUACUUCUUGCACGGUCCCAUCUUCCCGCACGCCCAGUAUCAGAGUUUAACCCCAUCCCAAACGAUCAGCGGUUCCGGAUCGAACCUGGUGGCCGGUGCUGUUGCAUCACGAACGACGCCCGUGUCCUUUCCAACCACCGUCAUCACCCCGGAAAGCUUGUUCAUACUCGACUUUAAGGCAGCCCGUGCGCUGGGUAUUUCCGACUUCCGCGAUCGUCUGGCCAACAAACAUCCCGAGGUGCUACGCUACUGUCCCGACACGCAGGACCGGGAUUGGUUGUUGCAACAGAAACAGGUCACGCCGCUGAACAAAAACGGACGGUUCUUCCUACUAGCUCUGGACGAUGUGAAAAAACUUAUCGAACGAAAUGCGUUUGAGCACGCGGCACCUGGUAGGUCCGGUGACCUCCAUGGCUUUAAGGUGACGGAGAUGAUUUAUGCGAAAAUACAGAAGCUGUUAAAAGAACUUACCGAACGGCAACGGGCAACGGAUGGGUUCGAAUCACCGAAGGUACCCGUAGCGGUGGCUGCAAGGCCUCCACGCAUCUCUUCGCUCAGUUCCUCGCAUGCGACGCUGACGGCACUAUUGUCGACGCCCCACUCGCAGACAUCCAGUGAGCCCGUGAGUAGUUCCUCUACGGUGGCCAACCUGGAGGGUGUCGAGUUGAAGCGUAGUUAA